GGCGCGCGCGCGGGGGCCGCUGGGGCCGAAAGCGGCCGGUGGCGGAGCGGGGGGAGGGGAGCCCGUGGCGGGCGCUCCCUGGAGAAGGAGGGUACGUGGGGAUGCGGCGUCACGUGUACGGGCGGGGAGAGGGGGCCGGGUGCGCCGCGGGAGUGGGGCAGCGGGGUCCUGGCGGGAGGCGAGAGGGGGCCCGAGGGACCGGGCUGGGCAGACGAGAGCGGGCCAGGAAGAAAACCGAGCGGCGGGUUUCAGGCAGAUCCCGUCAGCAUCCUGGGCUUUAGGUUGUUGCACAAUAUUAAAAAGUGUUGAUUUUGAACUUGACCUUAAAACUCAGUCCUGUUCUUGUCUCUGGUGCGUUCCAUCUUUUGGGGUGGUUUUUAAAAUAAUUUUAUUAUUAAUUAAAACACUACUUUCUCAGUCUCAAGGCAGCAUGCAACAACAUUAUUGAUUAAAUUUGCAGGCGACCCUUCAUCCAUACAUCUCAGAGCAGUUCACAACAUAAAAAUAUAGCAGCCACUUUAAAAUCAAUACAGAUAAAAAGGAGAAUGCACUCAUAAACCAGGGCAAAAUUAAAGCAGUGUUGCAAACUCAGAUAUACAAGCUAGAUGCCAAAUGGCUCCUUAAACCAGGGUUUCAGUCGCCAAAAAGGAAUGCCUAGUUACCAUUUUUCAGCCAGAAGGCUCAAAAGUCGUAUUUUUCAAUAAGAUUUUUUGAUUCCUGAAAUUCAUUCUUCUUGUGCAGAUAAAAUAUAACAGAUAGAAUUCUACAGGGUGUGUUGCUAAUGUGUGAAAGCAGUCCAGAUCCAGGCAUGGACCUCCAGAGGGUGGAGAUGUCAGGUGCCAUCCUGGUGCUCAGGCAGCUUCACUUGGUCGCAAGUGGCUGAUAGCCAGGUGCAAAAUGUGCCUGGCAAAUUUUGAACGCUGAGUUAAAGCAUAACAAACUGCUGGAAUGAAGCACCAAUGAAGGCCGAUUCAUUUUUGUUUGUUUUUUUUAAAGAAUUUUUUAUUAAGUUUUCAGUAAAAAAUUAAACAGAAAAACAUAAAAAAGAAAAACACAAAUACACAUAAAAAAAAUACACAAUACACAGUACAUAAUCCAAGAAAGAGAAAAAAAGAAACAGAACAAUUAAACACAAUCACCUUUUCAUUUCCGUGUUUAAAUUUACUUACUUUCUGGACCUCCUCAUACCUCCCUCUUUUGUAUUCCAGUCCAAAUUGUUUGUCCAGCAAUUUCUUUUCCACUUUUUUAAUCCCAAUCUUUAAUCGUUAAUAUAAUAUAGCAUUAAAAUUUUACCUCUUAAAAUACCAAAUUUCCAUUUCCUUAAACUUCUUUAAUCCUAAUCUUUAAUCUUAAUCUAUCUAUAACUUUAAAUCCUGUACAGCUGGAAACCACUUAUUUUCAAUCCAACAUCAUUCUAGCAUUCUUUAAUUUUGCAGUGUUUCUGUAGAUAGUCUUUGAAUUUCUUCCAAUCUUCCUCCACCGACUCUUCUCCCUGGUCACGGAUUCUGCCAGUCAUUUCCGCCAGUUCCAUAUAGUCCAUCAGUUUCAUCUGCCAUUCCUCCAGCGUGGGAAGUUCUUGUGUCUUCCAAUACUUUGCGAUAAGUAUUCUUGCUGCUGUUGUGGCAUACAUAAAGAAAGUUCUAUCCUUUUUUAUCACCAUUUGGCCGACCAUGCCCAAGAGAAAGGCCUCUGGUUUCUUAGGAAAGGUAUAUUUAAAUACCUUUUUUAAUUCAUUAUAUAUCAUUUCCCAGAAAGCCUUAAUCUUUGGGCAGGUCCACCAAAGGUGAAAAAAUGUACCUUCAGUUUCUUUACAUUUCCAACAUUUGUUAUCGGGCAAAUGAUAGAUUUUUGCAAGCUUGACUGGGGUUAUGUACCACCUGUAUAUCAUUUUCAUAAUAUUCUCUCUUAAGGCAUUACAUGCCGUAAAUUUCAUACCUGUGGUCCACAACUGUUCCCAGUCAGCAAACAUAAUGUUGUGUCCAACGUCUUGUGCCCAUUUAAUCAUAGCCGAUUUUACCGUUUCAUCCUGAGUGUUCCAUUUCAGCAGCAAGUUAUACAUUCUUGACAAAUUCUUAGUUUUGGGUUCUAACAGUUCAGUUUCUAACUUUGAUCUUUCCACCUGGAAGCCAAUUUUCUUGUCCAAUUUAAAUGCCUCCAUUAUCUGAAAAUAAUGAAGCCAGUCUCGCACUUUGUUUUUUAGUUUUUCAAAGCUCUGCAAUUUCAGUCUAUCUCCAUCUUGUUCCAAAAUUUCCCAAUAUUUCGGCCAAUUGACCUCCUCCAUAUUGAGCUUUUUCAAGGCUUUCGCUUCCAUUGGUGACAGCCACCUUGGGGUUUUAUUUUCUAACAAAUCCUUAUAUCUUAUCCAAACAUUAAACAGCGCUUUCCUGACAAUGUGGUUUUUAAAUGCUUUAUGUGCUUUGACCUUAUCAUACCAUAGAUAUGCAUGCCAUCCAAAUACAUUGUUAAAACCUUCUAAGAAGGCCGAUUCAUUUUUUGAAUCAUCACAUUUUUGUUUUUGACCACUGUGCAGCAUGCCAAUACAGAUCAGGGGCAGCCAACACGGUGCUCUCCAGAUAUUGUUGGGCUACAGCUCCCAUCAGUGCUGACCCUGCUGAGAUUCGGCUGAUCAGAGUUUGAGACCAAAACAUUUGAAGAGCCAAAGAGCUUCUGCCUCUCCUAUAUUACAGUACGAUCACAUGUUAUGUGCAUUUAACUUGUGUGAUUUCAACCAUACAUACAGUGGUGCCUCGCAAGACGAAAUUAAUCCGUUCCGCGAGAGUCUUCGUCUAGCGGUUUUUUCGUCUUGCGAAGCAAGCCCAUUGACGGAUUAGCGCUAUUAGCGCUAUUAGCGGUUUAGCGGCUAUUAAAGGCUUAAAGGCUUAGGGGAUUAGCUGCUAAAAGGCUAUUAAAGGCUAUUAAAGUCUUAGCAGAUUAGAUAAAGGGGGGGAAAAGCGAACAAAAAAUCUCAAGACUCGCAAGGUAUUUUCGUCUUGCGAAGCAAGCCCAUAGGGGAAUUCGUCCUGCGAAGCAACUUCAAAACGGAAAACCCUUUCGUCUAGCGGUUUUUCCGUCUUGCGAGGCAUUCGUCUUGCGGGGCACCACUGUAGUUGAAGGCCGGCUGGUUGAAAUUCAACAUGUUAAAUGAAAGCAAGGCAGACAGCUUAAAAGCUUUUUUUUGUGCCAGUGAAACCUGGUGCAAAAAGAGCUUUUAAGCUCUCUGCUUCGCUAAGGGGCAAGGUCCUCUCCACGCACCAGUUUUGGGAUGCUCUUGCAAGAUCUCGCAGGGCUUUUUGAGUUCCAACAAAAUCUUAUGUGAGCAUCCCUAGCAAGCAAGGCUAGGGAAAAGGGCUAGAGCGCUUUUCAUGCUGGGAGAAUCAAAGAACAUGGGUUAGUAAUGGCUUCCCACCUUAUGACUAAGUCAUGGAAAACACAUUUCUUGAUGUGCAAUGAGCGAAACAGCCCUGAUCCUAUAUAUUGGCUGAAAAUACCAUUUCAGAUGGAAGCUGUGUCUGUGACAAACAGAAUGCUUACUAACCUGUUGUAGUAUCUUCUGUUGAAGACUAUGAAAAGGAAUAGUUUGUUUAAUGAACUUCCAUUUUAAGUUGCUUACUGCUACAUUAGUUGAGUGAAUUCCCUUUUUAAGAGGCAGAUGUUAGCUUAAAAUGUUGUUUUUCAUUCUGCCAGGCCAUAGACCAAACAGACUGACUCCAGGUGAACAUGGCCUUCUACAGCUGUAACAUAUUCCUUGCAGUAGCUAGGUCCAGGUAAGAAAUUAAUUAUUGACAAUAUUUUGUGGACUAUAAUACAUCACUGUUUCAGUUGCCUAAAGCUUGGAAGAAGUGUGUCGUCAUCGUAGUGAGAAACAGCGCCACUCAUUAAACACAUUGGGUUGCAGGAAUGAUUAAUGGAAUACUCAGGGGCCAAUGAAGGUAUUUGCCCGUUCACCAAUACUGCUCAUACGUGAUCUUGUGCUGAGCUUCAAGGGUUUGUAGAUGCAGUAAGGAGUCUUUCGGCUUCUGUGUACCUCUGAACCCCAAUAUCAUUAUAGAGGAUUCCAGAUAAGGGCAGGAUCUUGUCUUUGCUGUUGCACUGGACUUCAGAGAUGCACAGAAGGAGCAAAGACUACUCUGCUUCCAAGUACCUCGGAAACCCAGCAUGGGCAAGACCCAAUUUCCUUCUUAAGCUGAGGAGAGGGAUGAGUACUGAUCACAAUAUUUUAAAGAUGUGUUCUUGUAUUUCUGCUAUGCCCUUUCUCCCAUAAAGGUACAAGGCAGACAAAACUACAAUUACAAAACACUUAAAACAUUUAAAAACAGCUGUACAGAAUAAACUCUCUCACACACACCCCUACACACAAAAUUGCACAAUACAGCAGGUGAGGAAUACUGCUCCAUCAGAUUCCAGUCACCCUUCUCUACAGGCAUGGACAAACUAGUGCAUCUUUAGUUGACGCCAAAGGCCUGCAAAAAUUUGGGCAGUACCAGUAUUUUUGGUAUUUUGUUACAGCAAUUAUUGUUUUGUCUCUUACCCCUCACAGGGGACCUCAUCUUCUUGUACACUCCAUCUGCUCCCCGUUCUCCCCAUCGGUUGUAUUUGCCCAGCUGUUGGAUUCCCACCUUAACCGAACAUACCUGAAGGACUCCGAGAGCCAGCAGCUGCUCCUCAGUGCGCAGCAGGGCAUCAGGUUACCUCAGUUGCUAACUAAGCCCAUGCGAAUGCUUCACACGUCAGCUUCCUGGCACCAAGAGCUUCAGGACAAAACUCAGCCUAGCCAAAGUACUGUAACAAAGGACACGGAGCUGGCCAAAGUUCCAGUGGACCAAGCGACAGAGACUGCCAAGAUACCGUUACGCCAGAGGAUUAUAGAUGAACUAAAACAUUAUUACAAUGGAUUCCAUCUGCUUUGGAUUGACACAAAAGUUGCUGCUAGGAUGGUGUGGAGGCUGUUACACGGGCAAGUUCUCACUCGGAGGGAAAGGCGAAGGGUGAGCAUUGAAUGGAAAGCACUCAGCAGUGGAGUCCCGUCCACUGGACCAAGCAAUCAAAUGAAUAUUUGGAGCUGACUGGCCCCUACCAUCAGAUUUUUGGGCUGGUUCCAAAUUUUUGUUCACUAGUCUGAUAAGGUUGCCAAACUUUUUGGCUCAGUGGGCACAUUUCAGAUUUGGGGGUGCCACUCACAAAGUGGCUGCCAUGUGGGGGGGAGUAUGGCAUAACACAGAAAUUAGAGAGGCAGUCAUUCCUGGCAACCUUAUGUGUACCAUAGGAUGUCAGCUAUGUCCUGAUUGUGGAAAUCACAUAAUAUGGAUUACACACACGCAUGCACACACACACACACACACACACACACACACACAGAUGCCUCUCUGAGUUCAUGUGCAGGACGUGAUGAUGACUUCUCUCCCUGUCUUGUUUCCAGUAUUUGAGGCCAGGUCAUAGGCAUCACCUUUCUCCUUGGGGGAAACUCAGGAUUGCUGCUUCAAGAGGGGAGACGAUCACCCUUCCCUCCCACGCUCCUCUGAGCAAACCGUCUGACACAGCAUGGCCUAGGAGAGAUGGUCUCUGAUCAGCUGCUUUCUCAAAUACUCAGCUGAAAGGUUGAUGCUACUUUUGCUGGGGGAGCAGGGAAAGGCACAAUUACGUAAACAAUCCUAAGUUAAUGUUGUUAUCUCUCCCCACACAACGAAAUAAGCCCAUUGAGGUGGUGCUUUUCAGGCCUGAGAGUUUUUAACUUGUGCAGGAAAAAAGCACAUAUUGAAAUCAUUAUGCUAAUUUAUAGCACAGUUCAAUUUGUGAUUUCUUGUCAUUAAUAAAAUUGCGCAUUUGGCUUGCUGUGACAAAAUACUAGUUUCAAAAAAUAUUUUUUAAAAAUAUUGUGUACUGUCAAAGUUAAUCCCUGCAGGACAGAGUAAAGAACCGUUGGUCCUCCGGAUGUUGUUGGACACCCCCUCCCAUCAGCCCCAGCGACCACGGCCAGUGAUCAAGGAUAGACAUAGACAACAAAUCUCAGAGUUGGAAGGGACCAUGAGGGCCCUCUAGUCCAACCCCCUGCAAUGCAGGAAUAGGCAGCUGUCCCUUAGGGGGAUCGAACCUGCAGCCUUGGUGUUAUCAGCACCAAGCUCUAAGCAACUGAGCUUGCUUUUUAAAAUAUAUUUUAAGAUGUAGAAGGGGAAAUUCUGUUUCAAUGUGGCUCUUAAGGUUGCUAAUUUAAAGUGAAUAAAAGGUAAAUCCCCUUCUUCAGGGCUAAAUACAUGUUAUUGUCCUAUUUUUAACUGGCAGAACUUUCAUUAUUUAUUCAGCUCCUAAAAGUGUAUGUUGCUUAGGAAUUGCAAUAAUGUACCUACCUUUGAUGGCUUAUUCUUUGAAGCCCAGUUCUAUAAUUCUUGAAGGAACCUUUUCACAGAAGUCAAAUCUCAACAGUUUAGUACUGGUUUUGAAGCAUAGUAUUUAAGCAAAUCAAACAUUGUUUGACAAGCAUGCAAUACUGAAAUAAAAAGCAUUUUAAAGCUGCUAUAUGUCAGUUUAGUAUGUUGAUUUGUACGAACCAGGAAAACUUAGUUAUACAACAUAAAUUUCAGUUUUUAUUGAAAAACAAUAGUGGAUUUACCUCAAUUUAGAAAUGUGCAGCUACAUUUCUUUCAACAAAAGUGAAUUACUAUGUUGCAUUAAUGUCAACAAGCAUCAGACAUGAUGAGAGUUCUAGUUCUUCAGCCUUUGGAGAGCCACAGGGUCCUCUCUUCUAGAUAACUCAGUUUAACUGCUUCUGUACAUCUAAGUCCUGCAAAAGAGAGACUCUCCUUUUUCCAUUUCAUGCUUUCAAGAUUUUGUGCAAUCUUAUAUUUAUAUGAAGAUGCUGUUUGAGGCACCAUUUUCUUCUCAGAUUGCUUAGCCAUGCCUUAAAGAAAUAAAUCUGAAAGAAGUGUAGCUUAUAAUUUUAAAAUCAUAUCAGCAUAGCUUUAGCAAAAUGAAAGAUGGUGUCAUAAACAAGAAAAUGGGAGCUAGCUUAACAUUUCUCCAGCCAUAUAGGAGACUAAAAUCCUGCCUCAACAAAAUUAUUUGAAAGACAUCUUAAAAACAAGUAGGGAAGUGCAUUGCAAAGCUUCUCUGAAAUUCCAGAGCAACAAAAAGGCACUUAGCCUUGCUGAUGUCACCUUCCUGGUUCUUUUGAGCAGGGCCUCUGCUGACAAGUUGAAUGCAUAGGAAGAGACUCUGUUGUUCUGCUUUGUGUCUUAACCUCUGCAGCUGAUGAGAACAUCUGCUGAUCUUUUCCGGCUGGUUCCCUUUUUGGUGUUCAUCAUUGUGCCCUUCAUGGAAUUCCUCUUACCUGUAUUUCUGAAACUGUUUCCUGAGAUGCUGCCUUCAACCUUUGAAACCGAAUCUAAGAAGGUCAGUAUGAAAAGCAGCUCAGCCUUCGCCUCAACCACAGCGUAUCAUAGCAUGAUGUGGCGCCACUGUGUCAGGAAUUGUCUGCCUCCAACUCUGCUGCAUCUGUUUGCUGUAUGGGAAUCAAUGUCUCCAUAAGCUGUAUGAAGGGGGAUAGAGAGGCCCAAGUUCAAAUCCUCUUGGCCUUGGGCUGAACACACUUGUACGUACACUCUCUUAACCCACAAGGUUAUUCUUAGGAUAAAAUGGACAAGUGGGAGAUCCUAUACACUACUCUGAGCUUCUUGAAAGAAGGAUAGAAUAAAAGGAUAAUAAGUCAGAUAUGGGUAAAUGCCAGGCAUUAUGCUUUCACAAGUGGGGAUGAGAAUCCUAGGCAUAACUUGAUACCUGCAACACCUAGCAAUCUAGGUGUGCAAUCUACAUCUCAGAAUAGAGUCCCAAAUGGAACUGAGUCUUCAUGGCGUCAAGAUCCAGCCCCCUGCCUCCUUUUGUAGCAUCUUGCUGAUGAAGAGUUUGGGAAAAUGCAAAAGCUUGUUCACUCCUAACAAAAGUAUUGCCCAACAGUGGAUUUGGGAAUGAAAUAAUAGAAUAAAAUAUAGGCAGCAACCAUUUUGGUACGUUCAGUUGAUGCACACCCACCAAUGCACAGCUCCCUUUGGACACAAGAGGGUGGAAUGGGAUGAGGUGUGUUUAUGCGUGCUCCACCAAUGCGCGUGGGGGCCAGGAACAGAACCUGCGCACAAAAUGGUUGCCACCUAUAGAGAGGAACAGGCACCUUGAUGGAGUUAAAGCAGCAGUCAGGAAAACUGUACUUCUGUAUCUCACAGGCAAUUUUAGCAUUCAUGCUCAUUAAGAACCUACAGUACAGUGGUGCCCCGCAAGACGAAUGCCUCGCAAGACGGAAAAACCGCUAGACGAAAGGGUUUUCCGUUUUGAAGUUGCUUCGCAGGACGAAUUCCCCUAUGGGCUUGCUUCGCAAGGCGAAAAUAUCUUGCGAGUCUUGAGAUUUUUUUUUCGCUUUUCCCCCCCUUUAUCUAAUCUGCUAAGCCUUUAAUAGCCUUUAAUAGCCUUUUAGCAGCUAAUCCCCUAAGCCUUUAAGCCUUUAAUAGCCGCUAAACCGCUAAUAGCGCUAAUAGCGCUAAUCCGUCAAUGGGCUUGCUUCGCAAGACGAAAAAACCGCUAGACGAAGACUCUCGUGGAACGGAUUAACUUCGUCUUGCGAGGCACCACUGUAGUACCUCUAGCAAGUCUUUGAUCUCUUGUUAUCUCCUAUAAAUUUAAGCCAUGAAAAAUAACAGUGGAACAGAAACUGACUAGCUGUGAGCAAAAGGAUAAUAUUGGCAUAUCUUACAACACAGAAGGCUCACCUGUGGCCUUGCAGAUGUUACUAGACUAUAAUUCCCAUCGUCGCUGACCGUUGGCCAUGCUGGCUGAGGCUGAUGGGAACUAGAGUCCAACAGCAACUUUAGGGCCCCAGGUUAUUUCUUGUCCCGUGACCCUGCCUUAUAGGGUUCUCAGCCACGACUGGACCUAAUGGUCAGGGGUCCUUUUACCUUUACCUUUUUAAGAAGUACUGAAAAAGCUUUUGAAUAUUUGAAAUCGUUAGAUAACUGCAAAUGUUUAUUAUUAUUUGUAUUAAGGAAGAAAAGCAGAGAAAGAAACUGAGUGCAAAGUUGGAACUAGCCAAAUUCCUGCAGGAGACCAUCGCAGAGCUGGCCAGAAGAAACAAAGCCAGUACUGGAGAAGCCACGAAGCAAUUCUCUUCUUACGUUCAGCAGGUACAGACUUCUACUGCCCAUCAGCUGAUGGCUGGCUGGCAGCAUGCCUUGCUCCAGCAAAGGAAGGAACUGUCAGACGCCCCACGCUUACACCCCCAUCCCCACCUGACAUCACGGGUGACAUCGGCUGAGGGCGGCUGGGCAUGGCUUCCCAAAAUUGGUCUUGUGGGCCAAAUUUGGCCUGCAGGCUGGAGAUUCCUCAGCCUUGUUCUAGCGGAAAGUAUUUGAAUCCCCUCGCCACAAUAAUGUAGGUAGGUUUUGGAGACCACAUAGAAGCUAUGUCUUCCUAUUUAGGCAUAGGAAACUCUUCCCAACAUUGUUUUCUUGUUUUUGUUUUUACUCAUUACUUGAGGGUUUAGUGCAAUAUAUCAGUUGCACUCAAAGUCAGUACUGUACAUAGAUUCCACAUCGAGCGUCUGUCUGUAGCAGCACAUUCCUCAGCUUAUACUUCCAACAAUGUUUUGAGAUUGAGUAAUCCCAAGGCCUCCAUAAAACGUAUCUGUUGGUCUUGCCAAAUUUCAGGACCUUUUGAGAAGAGAUUCUCCAUGUCCUGAACAUUAUAUGUGCACUAAGGAAAGAACUUCCAGUUGUUUGUGGAGCAUGUAUGGGAGGAGAAGGAGGAGGACACAUUCUUGCUGGAAUCUUAUUCAUUGCUUUGUACAGGUUCGGCAUAGUGGCCAGCAGCCCAGCACCCAGGAGAUUGUGCGGUUUUCAAAGCUAUUUGAGGAUGAGCUGACCCUGGAACACUUGGAGCGGCCACAGCUGGUGGUCCUCUGCAAAUUGCUUGAACUGCAGCCCAUUGGCACUAAUAACCUCCUCCGCUUCCAGCUUUUGAUGAAGCUCAGGUCUAUCAAAACAGAUGAUGAAGUAAGAGACCAAAAAAAAAAAAAGAAAAUGUUAACAGCUCUCUGCCAGUCAUUUCUCUCUUCUGAUACCUGAGUCUGAAAGGUGCAAUCAUGCCCAAGUCUCAGUGCUUUGGGCUGACAGAUUAUGUUUUCCACAAUCUGUGAAGGUAAACACAAAGUGCUGUGUCUGAACUCCCAAUUACUUUCAUGUAGUGGAAGCAGCAAGUGCUGCCUAUUUUCUUUCUCGCCAUCCUAAGACUCCAGAAUAUUUCAGUUGGUCUACAUAACAAGCUUUCAUUUAAAAACCUAUAGUAUUCAGAGAAAGUUGAAAAAGUUAAGCUUUGUACAAGGAUGCUGGAAUUUAAUACAGAUGUCUGCAAGGUCACCCUCUAAUGGAUAUGGCAAUGUGGUUCUGUGCCAUAACAUCAGAUUCCUGCACUGAAAGGGGUUGGACUAGAUUACCCUCGGGGUCCCUUCCAACUCUACCAUUCUGUGAUUCUAUCAUCUCUGCCACCAAGGUACAUUUAAGCAGUUUGCUGCCCCGCUAAUACUGAAACAGUUCAACCAAUGACGGUGACAGGAGACUUGAAGCCACCUCAUUCCCACCCAUAUGCAGUCUUAAUGUGAGGUCAGAGCAGCUCAGCCAAUGGCAGGAAGAGGCAAGGCAGGCAGAGAUUCAAGAUGUAGGCAGAUAUUGCAGGUGUGAAUAAGUUAGAUGGCGAGGAAGAGUUUUUACAGGAGAAUUAAAAAGACAGGCCAUGUAACAACAACAACAACAAUAAUAAUAUAAAAAAUAAUUUAUUUAUACCCCACCCAUCUGACUGGGUUUCCCCAUCCACUCUGGGCUGCUCCCAACAGAAUUAAUGAUGAUGAUGAUAUGAUAAAACAUCAGACAUUUAAAACUUCCCUAAACAGGGCUGCCUUCAGAGGUCUUCUAAAGUGAAAUAGUUGCAAACCCAUAGCACUACCCCCCACUCUAAGAAAAUCACAUCUGACAUCACAUGUGUGAUAAACCAAAUGGAACUCCUGUUUAGAAAAAAAAAAAACAGAACGGUUAAUAAAGGCAUUAGAACACACAUUACCAACAUCAUCAUAACACAAUUACACUUUUAAUCCAACAUGGUAAAAGCUUUUUCCCAAUCCAUUAAGGUUUCUUCAGGUCUCCUGCUUCCUUCUUGGUGCACACUCCAGCCCAGGGGUCGGCAGACUAAGGUCCAUGGGCCGGAUCAGGCCCAAUUGCCUUCAGGAUCCGGCCCACGGACUGUCCGUGGAUGGGCGUGGGGAUUCUGUUCAUUCGGGCUGCGCCACUUUUAUUCCUGCGCCAUUCCAUCCCCCCCGCCCCCCGUGAUGGUGGUGCCUCCUGACUUCUCCCUGCCCUGCCUAGAGGAGGAAGGGGGCUGGGCUGAGCUGGCUGAGCGCCAUUUUAAGCAGCCCCCUCUCCAGAGCAAGCCCUUUUGCGCCACUCGUCUUCCCUCUGCCAUUGCUGCCCUGGUGCUGCUGUGGGCCAGAGAACAGAGCGGACGAGCUCACCCCGCCUCCCCACGAGAAGAAGCUGCGGCAGCAGCCCCUGGGAAGGUAUGCGCAGCAGGUGGGGAGGAGGACUUCUUGCCCCCCAUGCCUCUUCUUCCAGCUCCCCCCCCCCCCCCGGUGCCGCUUCUCCGGUCCACCACAAGGUCUGAGGAAAAGUGGACUGGCCCGCGGCUAAAUUUCCCCCCCAACCCCUGCUCCAGCCUGAUCUGCAUUACAAAAAUAGCUUUCAAACACAUAAACAGAGUAAUUCUAAAAAUGUUAAACAGUCAAAAAUAAUAAACAUGCAAAAAAAACCCCCUGUGUUUCAAAAUCUGUUGCAAAGACGACUUCGGCCCAGUAUACCUGAAGGAGCGUCUCCACCCCCAUCAUUCAGCCCAGACACUGAGGUCCAGCACCAAGGGCCUUCUGGCCCUUCCCUCACUGCAAGAAGCGAAGUUACAGGGAAGCAGGCAGAGGGCCUUCUCGGUGGUGGCACCUGCCCUAUGGAACGCCCUCCCAUCAGAUGUCAAGGAGAUAAAGAACUAUCUGACUUUUAGAAGACAUCUGAAGGCAGCCCUGUUUAGGGAAAUUUUAAUAUUUGAUGAAUUAUUGUAUUUUUAAGAUUUUCCUGGAAGCCGCCCAGAGUGGCUGGAGAAACCCAGCCAGAUGGGCAGGGUAUAAAAAAUUAUUAUUAUUAUUAUUGCUACUACUACUACUACUUGCAAGAAGAAUUCCUGCAGCAAAAGUGAACAAACCCAAACCCCUGUCCCUUGCCCUCCCCCCCCCAUCAGGUAGCUGGCUGCAUGGCCCUUUGCCUUGGGGUUUCUUAGAGUUUUCCGGCUUGAGUGACUCACACUGCUACAUAGAGUUCCUUAUGGCAUUUUCACAAAGUUUUCAUUUCAAGCAAGUUAAACAACUACUUUGGUGCCAAACUCAUAGGUUCUGCUUCUCUGGUUGUGAGUCAGAAACAUUAAACUCACACCCCAGUCCCAAAAUAGUUCCUGUACGGUCUUUUAGGUUAGUUAAUCAGGGACACCCAUUGUUUAUCUGAAAGUGAUUGAGUGCUGGCUAGACUGAAUCAGCUAAAGUGUCUCCAUAAUGCUUCUUCUCUCACUUUCUAUGGCCACAAAUUUUCAAACUUGCAUAACCACAGCUGUGCAUAACUACAGCUUUCAGUUACUAAGACUAGGACUCGUAACCAAAUAGGGAUUUUGAUUUUUAAUCAGUAGGCUGAUUUUAAACUUGCACAUUGCUAAAACUUGGAUAGAGGUGACUUUUGAUGUAUUGACAGAAGCACGAUAACCUAAUAAACCCAAAGCUAUGAUUUGUUGUUGGAAUGAAAGGCCACGUGUAAUUUUUUUUUAAAAAAAUAUUUGAUUUUCAAGAAUAUAAACAUAUAACAAAACCAAUUCCGAAUCCAAAUAUUGAGAUUUCUCUAAAUCUCCUGACUUCCCCCCAUCCUAUUUUCAACUGCAUAUCAAUACCUCUCCAAAUAUUUUUAUCUUUCUAAGUUAUCCAUACAUUCUCUUACAUUACAAGAGUGUUUAAAAUCCUGCUAAUGUUUUAACCUGCUUACAAUAAUCUUGUAUAUACAUUAUAAAUAGUCCAUCAACUUGGUUUGCCAUUCUUCUCUGGUUAGGGUUGUCUCUCCUUCUAUCUCUGGGCUACUAACGUCCGUGCGGCUAUUGUCAAGUACAUGAACAGUUUUUUCUGGUCCUUUGGAAUUUUGGUACCUAUAAUUCCUAAUAAAAAGGCUUCUGGUUUUUUAACAAAAGUUAUUUUAAACUUUUUUUUCAUUUCAUUAUAUAUAAUUUCCCAGAAAGUUUUAACUACAAGUCCACCACAUAUGAUAAAAGGUACCUUCUUUUUCUUUACAUUUCCAGCAUAUGUUUGUACUUGUUCUAUACAUUUUUGCUAAUUUUACUGGGAUCAAAUACCACCAGUACAUCAUUUUAAUAUAGUUUUCUUUCAGUGAAGAACAUGUCGUAAAUUUCAGAUCUGUUUUCUAUAGCCUCUCCCAGUGUAUUUGACCUGUUCAUCUUUUGUAUGCCAUUCCAUUCCAUGGCAUAUGAAUGGAAUGGUGUAAUAUUUUUUUUCUUUUCAAAAAUAGUUUAACCCUCUGCAUUGCCAGGAAAAGGCUCUUUGUUUUACUCUUAGUGCUUCAGUUUGUUUCUAUAGUAUGUGUCAGUGAGAGAGUGUUACCUUCUGAGGUCACCACUUGCUGAAAGGGAUGGUGGCCUGAUUUCCAAAAGAAGAAGGUGGUGCUAAUUUGAUCUCUCUUUGCUAUGUGCAGAUGAUUGCCAAGGAAGGUGUUAAUGGCUUGAGCGUGUCUGAGCUGCAAAGUGCCUGCAGAGCCAGAGGAAUGAGGUCCUUGGGCCUCACGGAGGAGCAGCUGAAAGAGCAACUCAACCAGGCAGGUUGGGGAUGAGGGAGGGUGGGGAAUCAGCUCCGAGAAGAGAAUUACUCUUUUGUAUUAAAUUUAUAUUCUACCCUUCCUCCCAAAGGAGCCCAGGGCAGCAAGCAACAAAGGAGCAAAAGAAUUAAAAUAAAGCAAAACAUUAAGAAAGCUAAAAACAUUUAAAAACAGUCAGCUACCCCCCACAACUAAUAAUUUCAAGGUUGCCAGGAACAGCAUUCAUUAUUCUGAAUAAUUUCCCCCCUGCAUCUCCUAGAUGUGCACAAAAUAUACUACAAGCUUAAGCCCAAGUUUAUCCCAUAGAUUCGUGGAGGAGGAGAGAUCUACUCAUCGAUAUCUGCAGCAUCCAGAAUCAGGAGAGGAGCUGGCCCUGCAGGCAGUGAGGGGGUGGCAGGGAAUGGAGAGUGGGGAGAGCACGGCUGCUUGCAGGCUUCCCAUAGCAUCUCGUUGGUCCCUGUUAGAAGAUGCUGUGUUCAAUGGCCUGGUCCAGCAGCUAGGUUCUUCUUCUAUUCUUAUGUCAUAACAGAGUACAUCAUCUGAUAUAACAGGACCCUUAGGGUCUCUAACAGAAAGCAGUGCUGCUUUUAUGGCUAAAUCCCAAUUGGAUCAACUUAGUUUCCCCAGUGCUAUUCCCCAUUUUCAGACUUUAGUCUUACAUAUUUAAACAUCCUGUUCCAAAUUAUGUGAGAGCCCAAAUGAGCUGAAAUGGGUACCAUUUCACAUGAGUCAGCAAUUAUUGGUAGGAGAUUCAGCAUACCAGGAUUAGAUCCUGUGCUGAAGGAUCUGAGUUCUCUUGAGCAAGACAGAUAUGGUUUCAACAUCUGUGCUUCAAAUUCCAAAUUCCACCACUUAGCUGAAAGCUAGCUUAAGCUGCCUUGUAAUUUUGCACUCCAGCAUCCCUAGGUGGCCUUCACAUGUCCCCACUGCCUUUUCUGCUGGGAGCUUACAGGAAAGUGUGGGGCCUCAGGUGGAUGCUGAAAUGGUGGAGCCCCAUAUUUUCAUAUCGUUGAGGAACCUCUGGCAUCUUUAGGUCUCCCCUUCCCCUGGGUGAGCUGCUGUGUGCUCUCCGUUGGACUUGACCUCAGGCCAGCAUGAGUCCAUAGGAUAUUCCGGGGCAAACUCCAGCAGCCCCAUCUCUGCAGAGGCCUGCUUUGCCUUGAACUCUUACUCUAAAGCAUUGUGGGAAAGGAACACAGGGAUGUUGCAGGAUUUGCUUUUCAGUUUAAACAAUUUAAGAAUGAAAUGGAUCAGGCAGAAGAUAAAGCAAGCAUGGGCAGGCUGCCUAAUGUUAGUUGAGAUGCCAGCCUCUAUCUGAACAACUGUGUAAAGGGAGGUUGCUUGUCCAUGUGGGAAGGUGGCCCAUGCUCCAACACUUGCGCAUGGAUUUUUCAGGCUCACUAAAAUGCAAUUCCCCACCACAGUUUAAAUCAAAAUUCUCUGACACCGUCUUUCUCUUGUUUCUUUCUGCUACACAGUGGCUAGAUCUACAUCUUAGAGAAAAUGUUCCCCCUUCUCUGCUGCUACUUUCUCGUGCCUUAUAUUUGACAGAGGUGAAGCCCAAGCCUCUUGUGAAUCCAGCUGAGGUGAGCAGGAUCGACAGCAGCAGUGUUCAAGAAAUGGACCUGAUGGCUUCCUGAGGAGGAGUGGGUUUGUGAGGCUGACAGGGAUGACCUAGAACCACUGCAGCAGAGUUUUUACAAGAGGGGCAGACCCACCAAUAGGUGUGGGGAACUGUUCCUUCCCCAGUUUUAGACUACACAUGAUUAUUUCGCAGGAGCACUUAUGGCUAAAAGGUAUAAAGAAGUAAAUAUAACAAAUGCUCUUAAUACACACCUUGUUAGGUCCAGUCUAAGUUAGUUGAAUUUGGGUCCUGAUGAAACCAAUCAAUUUUGUCAUGACUUUUUAGUUCCUGUUGAUGUCAUUGGAACCGAAGUCCAGCUAACUUGCGGCUGAAUCCUGUACCCGUUGGCCCAGAGUCUCAUUAAGUCUAAGUAAGAUUUAUUCCCAAGAGAGUAUAGCAUUGCAGCUUUAAUCCUGAACGUGUCUGUGAAGUUCGAAAGGUGGCUCUUGAACUCUCAUCUCUCCUCCCUCCCCUGCACCUGAAAACUGAAAUGGCACCUCCUGAGUGAAUUAGACAGUUUGGGAAACCCCGUGUUUUGUCCUGCAUCAAUAAUGUCCUCCUCUGUAUGGGUAUCUGCUGCUUCCUUCAAGGCGAGUCCCAAGAAUGCAGAUCUCAGGAUGCAUAAAAUCUUUCACAGACUUCUUCCUUCCUGACAGCAUCUGCACACAAUUCCCAAGCGACACACUUUGUUUCUUGUGGGUCCAAGUCUCAGAGACGGGUGCUGUAAACCCAAAUUAGCACUGCAGGAAAGCCUUAACAUUUCCCCUCUGUAGAUAAUUAGGGUGAAGGCAGUCUUGCUUCACUGAGAUCUAGAAAGCAAAUGGUGACACCAAGCUUUCUGUUCUUGCUUUAGCCUCUGAAGACCGAGGGUGAUGCAGACACAGAUGAUGAGGAUCAUGAGACCUUGUUGGAUUCUGCCCCCAAAGUACAGGAAAGAAAGGUGAGAAAUGGUGUGUGCUCUUUGGGUGUUUUCUCAAAGCUUCUCCAAUAAUUAGGCUCAUAAGUAACUAAAAGGGUGUUCACCAGUUGCCCUCAUGGUGUAGUAGCAUUUCUUUCUUGAAGAACACCAGGGCUCUCGCAACAAAAUGGCUUGGGUUCAUCGUUCUAUUUUUUCCUUCGGAAUCUUGGCCUACAAACCAGUUCUCUGACCUUAUUUCUCUUUCUUCUCUUGAAGAGUGAAGAAUUUAUAUUGCAGCCAACAGAGAAAUUACCAGUUCCUGAGGUGUCAGUCAAGCCUCCUGCAGGAGAGGUGAGUUUUACCUCUUUGCCUCUUGCACUACAGCUUGUAAAUAAACAAUGACUAAGCUGACAGUAUUUAAGACUAUGUACCACACGAAUAGAUUUUUGUUUUAUCAUCUUAACCAAACAAAAUAGUUAUUAAAAUUACUGAUAAAAUAGAGAGUCCGGGGAAGAUGGUGCCGGGUCAAGUCUCAACUGAGUCUCUGCUGAGUGAGUAGGAGCUCUAAUGAUCAAAUUACCCUGAUAAAAAGGCUCAACCUUUGAAAAUAUCUGCCAACUUUUAUCAGUAAAGGACUCCGGGAGCUGUCGGGUGGACUUUUAAACCUCCCCUUCCUUUCAAAGCUACUUAAAUCAACUUUGAACCUCCUCCCUUGAAAAGCCCAUAAAGCUGUGGGUUGGAUAAAAUAGCCCCAUUUAUUUCUGAGUACGAAGAUGGUACUUACAAGACAAUGUUGCGAAGAACUGGGGAUUUCACCUUUACAACCUGUAACAACUCCCCCAAAGAAAAAACAGGCCAAAAUUUCAACCUACUUCCAUCCCAAGGCUGAUGAAGCAAAUAAUCCAGGAAACCUCCAUUCUCAUGAGUGGUCUAUUGACCACACCUGGAUUGGAAGGGAGGGAAAAGCUAACGUUGGAGGUGAGGGAGUUGACCUGGCAACAGAACUAAAACAAGCUGAGCUAGCCAAAGAGGGACCUGAAGCAAGUUUAGAACAGGAGAAAUUCCUGGAAAGCCCAGAAGCCAUGUCAAACGAGCCUCUUCUCUCCUCCCUAUCAGGAGAGAAUUUAAGAUGCCCUCCCGCGACUGAGCUGACUGAAACAGACAAAUGGCCAAACAGCUUAAGGUUACAGUACCCGGACAACUUUAUCUUCUACUUGUCAGGGAUGUUCGAAGAGUUACUCAAAACUCAUUUCACACAGAUAAGCAAAGAACUUGAGCCAAUUAAAAAUUUCCUUUCGGAAAGCUUGAACCUGCUUACCACCCUAACUGAAUUGAUUAAGAACCAUGAGGUCGCUCUCCCCCACAUGACAUCUGGGAAUAGGACUAAUGGAGGUGAAACCAAGCCGGGACUCGAUUACAAAAAAACAAACAGAAACAAUUCAGUGCAGGAGGGAGGGUCCCUUGCUCCCAAGAAACCGACCUUAAAGAGAAAAUGCUCAGCACAAAAAAUGAAGAAGACCAAAAACAUCAAAUUGAGAGGCCAAAAGGGAACGCCGACCUGCCGGACUAAAAAAAUGAAUUUCCAGAAGCUCUUUAAGCUGCUGGAGAAUACAACAACAAAGAACUCUGCUUCUACAACCCAAAAGAAAAUCACAAACUCAUGCAUGCCAAUAAAGCACUCUGAGGAAAAGUCCCACGUCCCAGCAGAUCACACACCGCCCUCUAGUGGGGAAAUAGGAAAGCCAAAGGAAAUUCCGGCUCCCAUGCAACCAACCCUUCUCUUGACAUCACAAAGAAAUCCAGUGUACCCUAACAUAACAAGAAGGGAUCAAGAUAAAACAACACAGACUUGUUGGAAGCUAACGUUAAACAAUCACAAACUUGCCUUCACAAUACUUCCCACAAAUAGAGGACACUCAUCAUAUGCUCAAAGAAAAGUUAAAUAUUCCCCAAAAAAUCGGAAUAGUCACCAGGGGCCUCGUGACAGCAGAAAAUAUCAUCAAGGUAAAAUUCGUCCCUCAUGAUACGGCCCAAAAUAGGGCUAUCGUGACUUUUAAGGACGGGCUCCCAACUAAGCAGACCCUUUCUAAUAAAGACAAUUUCCUGAGGGCUGGCUUGCUUGUGCACUGUUUCUUCGAAAACAUCGAAGACCCUUUACUACUUCUAGGAGCACAUAGGCCAGUCAGACCAAAAACCAAAACCAGCAGUGCAGAAUCCAACAGCGCCGGAAAUGGUAAGCCGCUCUACCCAGAGGCUGGCAAUCUUAAACAGUCUGGCAGGCUGUACAAAACCCGGCCCUCACCAAAUAAGCUAGAAAAGGAUUUCUCCUCAGAGGAUGAACAACUCCUAACAACCUACCUCGAGCAGAUCCUACUUUCCCAGGAUGCACUAAUUGAAAGAUUAUCAACCAUAAGGAAGUCCCUUCCACCUCUAGCCCCGCCUCCUCCCAUGGAAUUUAAUUACAUCAAUUGCAAAUCAAAGCCUUUAACCAAUGAGGAAUGGACAACUUGUCAAUAUCUGUCUCCAGAAGAAACGGGUUUUCCUACACCUCCACCAACAACCCAGUACAAAUCGCAACAAGUUGAACUAGUAGUGCCAGCGCCAGGAAUUGGCUCAAUCUUCACGGACUGCCUGGGAAUCCUAGAAGCUAUUCAUGCAGAGGAAUUAAUAAGAUCUUAGCGGGUGACUGCCUGGACAGACAAAUUAAUACCCCCAAAUUAGUCUUCCCCUCAAAAGGCUCCCCCAUUCCUCCACAUCGUGGCUCAAUCAAGCCAAACUCAAAGGACCCGAGGAAUCAGCGGCAGAAAACAGCUAUGAGAGCCUGGAAUCUAAAAACGCAAGAAUCAACUGCUGCCCUAAACAUCAUCUCCUGGAAUGUUGCCGGCUAGUCCAGAUGCCUCUCCCAUUCUACAGACAUUCCCUUCUACCGUCAAAACUUUAAUAUCAUCGCUCUCCAGGAGACGUGGGCGGCUGAAAACCCAUCAUUGGAAGGAUACUAUACAUAUGCAGUGAGAGCGGUUGCAGGCAGAGGACCAGGGAGGCUCAAGGGGGGGGGUUAUGCAUCCUAAUCUCACUCUGCCUAAACGCCACCUGUAAGGAAUUGUCCCCCCUAGACCACCUAGCAAUGGCCCUACUCAUAUCCUGGGGAAGCUGCAGUUUACUAAUUCUCAAUGCUUAUAUCCCCCCAACAAGCAAAAAAACCGAUAUUGAGGGCAUCUGGAAUAGACUGGACUCUUAUGUCAGGUUACUGCUAACGGACUAUCCGGGAGCAAAGGUCCUGCUGGUGGGCGACCUAAACACAAGAUUAGGUCCUGAUGACCCGUUUAGAAACCAAAUACAGGCAAAAAAUAGGGUACCCUGACGAUUUUGGCCCGGAGGCUUUACAACUACCAAGGGAGUCAAAGGAUCAACAUUCAAAUUUUGCUGGAGCCUGCCUCCUCAAAUUCUCUAGGCAGCUAAGUCUUCAUAUCCUAAAUGGUUGCACAAGGGGCGACAUUCCCGGGGAAUAUACAUUCAUGUCUGGGGUAAGAUCCAGCACAAUUGAUUAUAUGUUGGCGGACAGCGAAUUGCUAACAAAAAUAGUGAAUUUAAAAGUGCUCCCAUUCAUAGAGGGGGACCAUUUCCCUUUGCACCUCCAGGUGUCUCCGUUAAACGCGUCACCCUUCCUGAGAACAGUAUACCCUGCAGAGAUCACCGCAUUAGAGCAACCUGGUUGCUGAGUCAAAUGGACCCCUGCACUUGACUCCAAACUGAAGAAGAUUCUAACCUCUGAAAAACUCCGUACAAUUUUAACUGACUUUGGGGAUAAUCCUAGGCCUGAGGACCCAGUUUCCAAGUAUGAGAGCCUGCUCCAACAAUUAAAACCCUAUUUUGUUAAUACCACAGAGAAAAGGCCAACUAAACCAAUAACAUCAAAUAAACCCUGGUUUGAUUAUACCUGCUUUGAGGCAAAGAAAGCCCUGCAAAAUGCUUACAAAGCCGCCCUGACAGCCGAAAAUUCUGUCAGACAUCAAGCCUAUCUUGCUGUCCGUGUCCUAAAAAAAGAGUAUAAAGACCUAAUACUCCACCAAAAGAAUGCCUAUACCAGAAAAUGUUGGCUAGAAUUAAUUAGUGUGGCAAAAGCAAAAGAUCAGACACUAUUCUGGAAAUUGGUUGCUUCGGGCACCCAUAAAGCUAUUUCCCCCUUACCCUCACAAAUUCCUCCUAGCCUGUGGGUCUCAUUCUUCCAAUCUUUGUACGAGGACGCUGAACCUCCACUACGGAAUUAUAAUAUAGAACAACUGGCUAAAUGGCCGCCUGUUUCAGUAACUGAAGUGAAAUCAUAUAUAAACCAACUGAAAACGGCCAAAGCCCCAGGCUCAGACGGCAUUACGCCAGAAAUGAUAAAAGCACAGGUGGAUUGGUGGGCACCUUUCUUAGCCACCCUCUUCACCUAUAUAGAUGGCACCGGCCGCAUCCCAAGGGAAUGGGGAACAGCCAUAAUAGUUCCAAUCUAUAAAAAGGGCAACAGAGGGGACCCAGCGAAUUAUAGGCCGAUUAGCCUUUUAAGUGUGAUCAGUAAACUCUACGCAAAGCACCUCCUUAAUAAGUUUACAGAAUGGCUGGAGAAUGAAGAUAUCCUGGCAAUAGAACAAGCGGGCUUCAGACCCGGAAGGUCCAUGACAGAUCACUGCCUAACGCUACAACAUCUCAUCGACAAAUACAACUCAGGAGGGCAGGCCUCACUAUACGCUGCCUUCGUUGACCUAAAAGCAGCCUUUGAUACAGUCUCCAGAACCAGACUUUGGGACAGACUACAGGGUAUCAAUAUAGAUAGAAGGCUCCUGCUCCUAAUUCAGGCACUGCACGCAAACACGGCCCUUAGAGUCAGGUGCAGCCGCCUAGGACACCUAACGGACCCAAUUAAAACCUUCAAAGGAGUCAGGCAAGGGUGCCUAUUGGCCCCUCUACUAUUUAAUUUCUAUCUAAAUAACUUAGUAUCUGCACUCAAUGACUCAGAACUCCACCCGCCGAAGCUUGCAAAUCGGCAUAUUUCGGUCCUGCUAUAUGCCAAUGAUGCAGUAAUUCUAUCCAGAACCCCCAUUGGACUCAAAAGAGCACUAAGAAAGCUCGCAGCAUACUGUGAAUCUGAAUGUCUCAAAAUCAACUAUCAAAAGACCAAGAUACUCGCUUUUGGGGGAAAACCAAAGCUUAGAAGCUGGGAACUCCAAGGCCAUAAAUCAGAACAAGUCACAAACUAUAAGUAUCUAGGAAUGGUGGUACAGGCCUCAGGAACCAACAAACUACACAUAAACUUCAUCGGGAGUUCAGCGGAAAAAACCGCAAAUUGUAUUCUUAAAUUCUUCAGAGCACAAGGGGCUUCUUGGUCCCCGCAGCUCUAAAAUUAUACAAGGCCAAAACUUUGGCACAACUCCUGUAUGGUUCCUUUUUGGGUCCGCCUUCCUCUGCUUUCUCCCCACUUGAGAGAGUUCAAUCUAGACUUCUUAGAGCUCUCCUGCAAGUCCCCAGAUGUGUCUCAAACGCAUGGAUGAGAUUGGAAACGGGGAUGAUGAGAGUGGAGGCUAGCAUUUGCUUAACAUCAAUAUACAAAUAGCUGACAUUGAAUCUGCUCCCCCGAGGGAUAGCCCCACUGAUCCUCUGCGACCAAUUCCAGUCAGGCUGGCAGACUGCAGUUCUGAACACCCUCCCGAAACUGGGUUUUGCCCCUCAGGCCCUUCUAAGUCUGGGCUUGGGCCAGGCAAAAGCCAUGGUCAGGCAAAGAAUAUUAGAUACCGAGAGACAACAGGACUGCGCAAGGUGCCCCGACUAUAAAAUUGGAGAAAUCGAGAGAUACAUAGCCGCACCGGCAGCGUAUCUCUUCUUUCUUGUAUCUAGAAAUGCAAGAAGGGCAUUUACACUCGCCAGAAGCACGGCUCUUCCCUCGCCAGUCCUGGAUGGAGCCUUUAGAAAAGUCCCCUAUGCCCAGAGACUUUGCACCUGUCCAUUGGGAGAGAUAGGAAGCCCAGAACACUUGUUCUUUAAAUGUCCCUUUUAUGAAGAAGCACACAGUAAGUUCAUUGAUCCCCUACUGGUGAGGCUCGCUGACCUCCCGCAAAAGCAAGAAAUUGACCUUUUGCUGUUAGGCAAAGAACAGAAGAAGACCUGGAUGGUCGCCAGAUUCUGUGUGCAAAUCUGUAGACGCAGACCAUCGCCCAACUCAAAAUAGUCCGGCAUGAAAAUCCCCAAACUCGGUUCCAUUGGUGACUCUGAGUCAACUCCCUGGGAUAGUUUAUUGUUGCACAUUGUGUCUAAAUUUAUUGUUGUACAUUGUUUUAAUUGUCUGUUUUAACCAUAUUUGCACACCAGUUUCUAAUGCUGUGAGUGUCCUCUAUUUCAGAGGCUUCUACUCUGCAGCCUCUUAUCGUUGUUUUAACUGCGAGUCUUUUAGUUUUUAUGCCCUUACAGUUGUUUUAACUGCAUGUUUUUAUUUGUUUUUCGUUUUUAUCUGUUUUAAUUAUCAGUUUUUAUCCAUCCAUUAUCCAUGUUUAAUCUUGUUUUAUCCUAUGCUUGUUUCUUUGUCCUUAUUUGCUCCAACAUUUAUGAGUUAAAAAAAUCCUAACUGCUAUUUUAUUUAUUUAUAUGUUUGUUUGUUUUUUAUCCUGGUCUGUGAACGUAAUAAAGUUCAUUCAUAUUGAUAAAAUAUACACAUGAAUUACCGAGACCUCAAUAUGGUGUUUUUUUUCUUUUCUUGACCUGUUGAAACAUAUAUAACAUGGUGAUUUAACAUUUUAUAAACAAAUCACCACUCAUACAAGUUGAUUAGAAAGUGCAGUUAGGAGCAAAUGACUAAGAUGAGAGAGGUGAUGCUAGAAAGCUCUUCCGAUGAGAGAAGUGCAUUUUCAGGUGCCAAAGACUGAAUCACCAUGAAAUCAGUGGAAUGCAAUGCUAUGGCUGGACUGCAAAAGAACUGCUGUUGUAUUAGGCCCGUGUUGCUAUAAAACUCCCUCUCUCCUCCCUGAGGACACUCAUUUGGAAGCAAGGCCUCUGGAACUGAUCUCCAAGUGCAUUGUGUUUUGUAUCAGAAGGUGUAUUGAUAUUGAGUAUUCCAAAACUGUACACCAGCAGCAUCUCCUUUGUUACUCAGGUUUGCCUCUUGUUCUUUUCCAGACGAAAAUAGAAGCCUCUCGGAGCAGCAAAGCCAGUGCUAAUGGAGUCUAGCUGUUCUACCAGCAAAUAUUUGGGCACUCCAGGAUUAAAAGCUCCAUUCUCUGAAGUUGUAGACUAGCCCCUUUCCCACUCCUUUGAUCUGAUAUGGAUGCUUUUUCUUUGCAUCUAAGCCAGGCUGAAGAGCAUGUUGUAUACAGUGCCACUCUCUUCUUUUAUCUUAUUCUGUGUUGUUUAACUUAUUUUUUUGUAAAUAUGUACAUAGGCUAUGAUUGGGAGAAGGUGUAACUUAUGCAAUCUUGUCAGAUGUUAAGAUUUGUAUUUCUAAAUUUUUUAGUAAAGCAGUGGUUUAUUAUU